AUGCCCAUCAAAGAGCUCGUGACACCGUACCCCGUCAUCGACGUCGACCCGCACUUCUCCCGCGUGGUGCGCUACUUCCGCCCGGAGGACUACGCGCUCUGGGGCGCCGCGGCCGCCGCUGGGCCCAUCACGAUCCGCCUCUGGGACCACAUCGACCCCAGCAAGGCCAAGCACGGCGUCCGGGGCGCGGUGCGCCUCACGGCCUUCCUCGGUGUCGUGGGCGGAUUCUUGCUCGCGUACCAGAACUCGUCGUUCCGCUUCCAAGGCCUCAAGGAGAACGAGCCCGAGCGCGAGCGCGACCUGGCCGAGCUGAGCGCGCUCAAGGCCGCCGGCAAGCCGCUCUACGGCGAGUCGGAGCUCUCGCCCUACCUCCAGGGCGUGGCGAGCCGUAACUCGACGUUCAGCCAGUUCAAGCUGGCGACUAUGCCUUGGUUCAACGUCGUCAACCACGACAACCACGGCGUCGACACCACCAAGUACGACUCCAAGCCAUAA